GCCGUCCAUGGUGGUGUGGUGUGUUUACAACACUGAACUGGAGACAGAGAGAGAGAGAGAGAGAGAGAGAGAGAGAGAGAGAGAGAGAGAGAGAGAGAGAGAGAGAGAGAGAGAGAGAGAGAGAGAGAGAGAGAAAGGGAGAGAGGAUAAGAAGGGAGAGAACUAUCGAGUGUCGUCCAUGGUGAGGUGUUGACUGGUCAUGAUGAGCGGGACAUUAGCAUUACUCUGUGCUCUUCUGACUCUUGGUGUUGUUCAGACUUCACAAGCACAAUCAGAUCCUGCUCCUGUGGUGUCUGUGAGGAAUGGGACUCUCCGUGGAGCCUCCAUGAGUGUCAAGGGCUCUGAUAGGCCGGUGCAGCAGUAUCUGGGGAUCCCCUUCGCCCAACCCCCCCUGGGCCCCCUUCGCUUUGCCCCCCCUGAACCUGCAGAGUCCUGGGAGGGGGAGAGGGACGCCACACAGCAGCCUAAAAUGUGCAUCCAAGACCCUGAAAUUGUGGAAUCAACGUCUAAGAUCAUGGCUAUUGAAUUCACUCCUCCUGCUGUGUCUGAGGACUGCUUAUACCUCAAUGUGUACACUCCUGCAAAGCCGUCGUCGGACGAAAAACUGCCAGUAAUGGUGUGGAUCCAUGGAGGGGGUCUGUACAUGGGUGGCGCGUCCCAAUACGACGGUGCUGUGCUGGCAGCGUACGAGAACAUCGUGGUGGUUGCCAUACAAUACCGUCUUGGCUUCCUGGGGUAUUUAAGCACUGGAGAUGAGCACGCCCAGGGGAACUGGGGGUUCCUGGACCAGCUAGCUGCUCUGCAGUGGGUGCAGGAGAACAUCCAGAGCUUCGGGGGAGACCCCAACUCUGUCACCAUCGCAGGAGAGUCGGCUGGAGCCAUCAGUGCUUCUGUAUUGAUCCUGUCUCCUCUAUCCAAGGGUCUUUUUCAUCGAGCCAUUCUUCAGAGCGGAGCAGCAACUCUUGGGGCGUACACUACUAAAACUCCUCUGGUCUUCGCCAAGAUGGUGGCAAAGGUAAUGGAGUGUGACUCGAGCUCUACUGAGGAGCUGAUCAAAUGCAUGAGGCUAAAGAAGUCUGAGGACUUCAUCACUGGUAUGAAGAAGCAAAAAAUCUUCCUGGGUGCUGCGGUGGACGGGACCUUUUUGACGGACGUGGCUGAGGAGGUGUUGAAAUCCAAAGACUUCAUGAAGGUCCCCGUCAUAGUUGGAGUCACAAACCAUGAGUUUGGAUGGAUACUUCCAAAUGCCUUCUGCCCUCCUGGCUGGGAGAAAGGAAUGACUCGAUCAACCGUCAUGACAAUGGUCAACACAUUCUUCCCUGCAGGAAACGCCACAGGUGCCAACGAGCUGAUUGUCGAUGAGUAUCUGAAAGACGCUCACACUCCUGAGGCCAUAAGGGACGAGUUCACAGAGGCCCUUGGUGACCUGUUCAUGGUCAUGCCCAUCCUCAAAGUAGCUGCAUAUCACAGAGAUGCUGGUGUCCCUGUGUACAUGUAUGAGUUCCAGCACCGACCAGAGAUCUUCAAGGACAGCAGGCCUAGCUUCGUGAAGGCCGACCACGCAGAUGAUGUGGGCUUCGUCUUCGGCUCCUGCUUCUGGGAUGGACACAUCAAAAUCAAUGGUUCAACAACAGAGGAAGAGAACCAGCUAUGCAGGACCACAAUGGCGUACUGGGGAAACUUUGUUCGCACAGGCUCUCCCAAUGGUGCAGGUCUGGUGCACUGGCCUCAGUAUGAGGGGAGCAGGAAGUACCUGCAGCUGGACCUGCAGCAGAGUGAGGGCCAGGAGCUGAAGAAGGACAGGGUGCUCUUCUUCACACAGGAGCUGCCCAGGAGACUGGCCGCCAUGCGAGGUGCCACCCCCUAGUAUACCCUACAGGAGACUGGCCGCCAUGCGAGGUGCCACCCCCUAGUAUACCCUACAGGAGACUGGCCGCCAUGCGAGGUGCCACCCCCUAGUAUACCCUGAAGAAGGAUGGCCGCUACACCGGCGACCUGGGUUCAAUUCUGACCCGGGUCAUUUCACGAUCCUCCCCUGUCUCUCUCUCCCAGCUCAUUUCCUGCCUCUCUCAUUUUGGUGCCCUGUCUGAAAAAUAUUUUUUUAAAAGCCCAAGGUUCCACCCGCUAGUAUACCCUGAAGAAAGACAGGGUUCUCUUCUACACCCAUGAGCUGCACAGGAGGCUGGCCGCCAUGCGAACAACAGUGAUUACAGCACAAAGGCAAAGUGCAGUAGCUACACACUUUGUCAAAAUAAAGUUUAGACUGAACAUGGUCUUAGUAACACCUGUUUUUUCUCUCUCACACACGACACUCCCAUAAGGCUCGUAGUUAGUUGGUUUUCAUACGGUAUGAUAAUUUUAUAAUCACUUACCAGAAAUGCCUGGUGUAGCCUAAUAAAUACUGUGUAGCACAAGGAAUUGUGUGUGAAAAUGUGUCUAAUUCUUUUGUAACUCUAACCAAUUAAAUGGUAUUUAAUGUUCCA